UCAUAAGACAAAAAUGAAAGCUGGGAGCUGCCAGCUAAACCCUGCGCUGAUUAUUGUUUUGGUUUUUAAGCUAUGUUUUUAUGGUGUGUCUAACUCAAGUGAACUGCAGGUAUGUAAGCUGUGUAACGGGACGGUCCUGAGCAACAGCACAGUGGGACUGUUUUGCUCUUCGUCUGCAGGUCGGAUUGGGGGGCGUUGCUGUCUCAAUAAUGGAACCUCGGGCGACACCGAUAGAAUUACUGGAUUGGACCUUUCCAACUGCUCUUUGGCUCAGGUUGGAAAUCUUCAGGAAGCGUCUACAGCAACAAUUAUAGACCUUUCACUCAACCCAAUUGACAACAUCAGUGAUUUCUCAUUUCAAGGAUUUAUUGAGUUAGAUUAUCUGAUCUUACCAGUAAAAGUACUUUGUCCUGGUGGUGCCAUAUCUUGGAAGAAAAUUGAGGAGAAGAAAGGAAAUCGUUUUUGUGAAGGCCAGAACAGUAUGUGCAAUCAAACCAGACAAAUGUCCACAGGCUGUCCUGAAAACUCCCAAUGUGCUCCUUUUGGUCCUGGUUUGUUUGAAUGCAGCUGUGCUGACAACUACCAUGGGUACAAGUGUCUGCGGGAGGGGGAGUUUCCAGUUCUUCAAGUGUUUGGGCCUCUUAGCGCAUCAACUGUGGUCAUCUCUUUUGUGCUGUGGUUUACACAAAGACGCAUGGCCAAACCACUCUGAUUUUGAUUUACCAAAUGACUACUGAUUUUAAAAGUGAAGGGAUCAGGAAUGAGUUGACACUCUAUAGCUUUUUAAAUGGAUUGUCUUUUAAAGCUGACAUGCAAGGAAAAAUAUUUUGUCAACUGUGCAAAACCACUUUUUGUUUAUUUGAAAAAAAUAAUUUAUAAAAAGGGAAAACGUUUACAUUAUUUCCUGCACUGACAAAGUUACAUUGCGUUACAAAGCUACACUUUACUGUGGUUAUUAUUUUAAGUGAUUGACGUGUUUUAUUUCUGUUUGGACUAAAUGUCCUGGUUUAUCAAUGAUGUUGUUCUUUAUGCAACUAAUAAACAAUUUAAGACAUUGUAAAAUUGAAUUAGCUAUUAUUGCUGAAUAACAAGACACAGAGCUUACCAAGAUGACAAUGACUAGCAAUUUGUGAUGAUGAAGUAUUUUGAGAGCUGUUAGAAAAGCAUCUGCAAUAAAAUCUGUUACCAAAGA